AUGGCCCCCAAGAAGAAGGCCCCUCGUCAGAAGAAGCCCGCCGUGGAGACCGUCUCUCCGGUGAUGGAGACCCCCACAGACCAGCUGAAGGUGGAGAGCCUGGGCGAUGGAGUGGUGGUGAUGGACAGCGGCAUGAAGAAGAUCGAGCAGAUGGCGGCGCUGGACAUCGCUCAGCUCAACAGCCUCAACCUGCCGCUGCCGCUGCCCGUCAUCAAGCCCGGGGAGAGAGGCCUGGGCCUGGGCAGCGAGCUGACCCGGCCCCUGCACGGCAACGCGGUGCUGGAGGAGCUCAGCAAGAUGCGGCAGGAGAAGUUCCUGACCGACCUGGAGUUGGCCUCUAAGACGAAGGCCUUCGACGUCCACAAGCUCGUCAUCUCGUCUGUGAGUCAGUACUUCAGAGAGAUUCUGGCCAAGGAUCCCGGCAUGAAGCGCCUGGAGCUGCCGUCGCUCUCACCUCUGGGCCUGGCCAACGUCAUCACCUUCGCCUAUCUGGGUCGCGUCCACAUGUCCCUCUACACCAUCGGCUGCACCGUCUCCGCCGCCGCCACCCUCCAGAUCCCGCAGCUCCUCAAGAUGUGCAUGGACUUCCUGCUGGCCGAGCUCAACGUCCAGACCUGCGUCUACAUCUGGAACAUCGCCGCGGCCUACAGCCUGAAGCCCGUGUGCGACGCCGCCCGCCGCUUCGUCCUGGAUAACUUUGUGCAGUUUUCCGAGACGCCGCUGUUCACCCAGCUGACCGUGGAGCAGAUCACCGCCUUCCUGCAGGACGACUUGCUGGUGCUGCCCUCGGAGGUCAUGGCCUUCCAGCUCGCCAUGAAGUGGCUCGACUUCGACGCCUCUCGUCAGACUCACGCCGCCGAGCUCCUGUCUCACGUGCGUCUGGAGACGAUCCCGGCCAGCGAGCUGGUGAGUCAGAUCCAGCCGGUGCCACGCAUGAUGCUGGACCCUCAGUGUCACCGCCUGCUGGUGGACGCCAUGAACUACCACCUGCUGCCCUACCAGCAGAACACGCUGCAGUCCCGACGCACGCAGGUCCGCGUGGGUCAGCAGACUCUGCUCACCAUCGGAGGCCGGCCGUCGCUCACCGAGAGGGCCCUCAGCCGGGAGGUGCUGUGGAGGGACCCUCGUGAGGGAGGAGCCUCCUGGCGUCACCUGACUCAGCUGCCGGCGAAGAGCUUCAACCAGUGCGUGGCUGUGAUGGACGGUUUCCUGUACGUGGCCGGAGGGGAGGACCAGAACGACGCCAGGAACCAGGCCAAGCACGCCGUCAGCACGCUCAGCAGAUACGACCCCCGCUUCAACACCUGGCUCCACCUGGCCAGCAUGCGUCAGCGCCGUACCCACUUCUCCCUGGCUGCCAGCGGCGGCCGCCUCUUCGCCAUCGGAGGCCGCAACGUGGAGGGUCUGCUGGCCACCACCGAGAGCUACCUGCCCUCCUCCAACACCUGGCAGAUGCGUGCGCCCAUGGAGGUGCCCCGCUGCUGCCACUCCAGUGCCACCCUGCUGUCCGGGGACAUCCUGGUGACCGGUGGCUACGUCAACUGCGCCUACUCCCGCUCGGUGGCCUGCUACAACAUGGAGACGGACACCUGGACGGAGAAGGCCGCGCUGGAGACCCCGCGAGGCUGGCACUGCUCCACCACCCUGGGAGGGAAGGUGUACGUGGUGGGAGGCAGCCAGCUGGGGCCCGGUGGAGAGAGGGUGGAUGUGGUCUCCGUGGAGGUCUUCUCUCCGGAGAGUGGAGCGUGGGCCCGGGCCGCCCCCCUGCUGCUCGGGGUGAGCACCGCCGGCCUGUCGCCGCUGGCCGACAAGCUCUACCUGCUGGGAGGCUGGAACGAGGCGGAGAAGCGCUACAAGGCCGCCGUCCAGAAGUACGACCCGGCCACGGACAGCUGGUCCAUGGCCGAGGAUCUGCCCGAGCCCACGGUGGGAGUGUCCUGCUGCACGCUGACCCUGCCGCCGCGCCACGCCCCACGCCGCCAGCAGCACCGCAACACCCCGGCCGGCGAGGAGCAGCAGCAGCAGCAGCAGCAGCAGGCCGCCAAGAACCGCAGCCGAGAGAGCAGCGUGGUCCCAGCACAGAGCAUCACUGCAUAG